AUGAUAAAAUUAACAAAGCACAACUACAUUACUAGACAUUCAGUAAAUACACUACUAGAUAACAUUACUUUCUCUAUUUCUAUUAUUUUAAGUCCUCAUAAAUCUCUAUCAUCUGAUAUUGAAUACACUUUAGAAGUCUAUAAAAAAACAGGGAGAGGAAGGAUUAUCACUACUCCUAAAGAAUUUGUUAUAAAACAUAAUUUUAUAAAAAACUUACUAAAUGUACUUAUGCCUUCACAUCUUCUUGUAGAAGAUUACGAUGUGAUGGAUACAUUUGGUUAUUCAUCAUAUUUAAAAGAUAUAAAAGAAAUGAAAUAUAACUUUAUUUAUAUUACAACAUCUACAGUGCCAGAAUGUAAAUUACUUAACUUUUAUAGAUAUGUUAUUAAGUGUAGAGAUAAAGAUUAUUUCUACUACAUUUAUUUAUUAUAUUUAAAAUACACUACAAAUCUAGUAAUUUUAUGUAGAAAUGUUAAGAGGAUGAAUCUGUUCUGUGAUAUUUUAAAUAUUAAAUGUAUUAUUGAUACAGAAUAUAAAGAUGAAUAUUAUAAUAGUGUAUGUGUAGUAACAGAGGAAUACAAAGAGAUAGAAGGAUUUGUUAUUUAUGUAGAAUUAGAUUGUACAGGUAUAGAAAUGAAAGUAUUAGAAAAUUACAGAAUAUUGUACAGAAUUAAAGAUUUAGUAAAAAGUCUUACUAAAGAUGUAGUAAAUGGAAGGAAAAAGAUAAAUUCUGAUAGAUUUAAAAAUAUAUUAAAAAAAUGA